AGAGAGGGUCCUCAGGCCGCCAUGAUGUUGGCCCCUGCCUCUGGGCCCCACCUGCCUCCUUACCUGCUGCUGGCUCUGCUGUUGGGACUCACAGGUGUGGCAGGUGAGGCGGAACUGCGGGUGAUCCAGCCCGAGAAGUCGGUGUCUGUGGAAGCCGGACAGACGGCCACUCUUCACUGCACCCUGACCUCCCUGCAGCCCGCUGGGAAGGUCGAGUGGUUCAGGGGCACAGGGCCAGGCCGGGAGUUAAUCUUCAGUUUCAGAGGAGACCCUCACUCCCCUCGAGUAACAAAUGUUUCAGACGCCACAAGGAGAAACUCCAUGGACUUUUCCAUCCGCAUCAGUAACAUCACCCCAGAAGACACGGGAACCUACUACUGUGUGAAGUUCCAGAGAGGGAACCCCGAUGUGGAGUUUAAGUCUGGACCAGGCACCCAGGUCACCGUGAGCGCCAAACCCUCUCCCCCCGUGGUGUCGGGCCCCACGGCCAGGGCCACACCUGAGCAGACUGUGAGCUUCACCUGCGAGUCCCACGGCUUCUCCCCCAGAAACAUCACCCUGAAAUGGUUCAAAAACGGGAAUGAGCUGGCAGCCUCCCAGACCACCGUGGACCCAGAGGGAGACAGCGCUUCCUACAGCAUCUUCAGCACAGCCACGCUGCCACUGGCCCCGGGGGACGUUCGCUCCCAGGUCAUCUGCCAGGUGGCCCACGUGACCCUGCAGGGGGGCCCUCCUCUUCGUGGGACUGCCAACUUGUCCGAGACCCUCCGAGUUCCACCCACCUUGGAGGUUGCCCAGCAACGCGUGACAGGGGACCAGGUGAAGGUCAUUUGCCAAGUGAAGAAGUUCUACCCCCAGCGCCUCCAGCUGACCUGGUUGGAGAAUGGAAACGUGUCCCGAACAGAAACGGCCUCGACGGCCUCGAACCUCAUAGAGAACAAGGAUGGGACCUUUAACUGGACGAGCUGGCUCCUGGUGAAUUUAUCUGCCCACAGGGAAGAUGUGGUUUUCACCUGCCAGGUGCAGCAUGACGGGCAGCCCUCGGUCACCAAAACCCAUACCCUUGUGGUCUCUGCCCACCAGAAGGACCAGGAAGCCCAUACGACCCACGAUCGAGAGCUGUCCACUCCACUCCUGGUGGCUCUCUUCCUGGGCCCCAAGCUGCUGCUGCUCGUCUCUGUCUCUGCCAUCUAUGGCCACAGGAAGCAAUGGAUUCACUGGUGUCCCGGGAGGAAAACAGCACCGAGGACAUAGGAGACACGUGGAGAACAUUUCUGGAAUGAUGAGCAGAUACUGAAAUGUGAACAUGGGUCCACGGCUCCUUCCUUCCUCCCCUGCUACAUGCCAUCCUCGGUCUCUGCUGCCUCCUUCCUUCCCUGAGGGGCCCAGCCUGAGACAAGGAACAACUAGAAGCUUCCACAACCCUGCCCCAGAUGCCUGCUUCCCCAGAGACCCAAAUGCCCACAGUUCCUGCUGUUCCUCCUCAAAGACCUCGAUGCCCCCAGAGCUGGGUCUUCACACCUAUUCUGGAGCAGGGGCCAUGGGAACGUCUGUGGAGACUGACACAUGGAUAUCUUACUAGAAUGAGAGAAGCAAGUCCUGGUACACACCCCAGUCUAUCUCUCAUCCAUCUUCUGGGGACGGUGGUCAUGAACUACACAUUCAAGUCCAUGCUCCAACAGGUUAUUCCUGCCAAACCCCCGUCUCCCCAGCCUUGGUAAGGUUCUUCAAUCCCUCUUAAAUAUAAACGAAUCCCAUCCUGGUUUGAAGGGGAAAAAAGGAUCCUCCUUCCUCUUUGCCUACCCGUCCUAUCCCUCAAUCCCAGAGAGAAGAUUCCCUCCUCUCCCUGUGAUGGGAACACUGGCUCUUCUGUCACCUUCAUCCUUUCCAACCCCCCUGCUCAUGUACACACGCUGGCAGUACAGAAGACAGGAGCCUUCCUUGAUUUCCUUCUUUAUAUCCCAUUUCAAAUCUGCCUUCCUAAUGUAUGUCCAGCGACCAGACGGUGUUAAACCAUCUACGUCUGGA